CUCUCACGCCUAAUUAACAUAACAGCCUCGCUUCCACACUCCCUUCAUUACUUUAUUUAAAUUAUCGACCCGCCUCCUUCACGCCUUCAUCCCUCAACCUUCACAACCGACCUCAUUCAGCGCCUGUAACUGUCCACACAGUCCGAGGCUCAGUGGAUUAAUAACACGGGUAUAUGGCUCAAAACAUUAAGGUUACCUCUCCUAUCGGUGCUUUUAUUGCCUUGUAAAAAUUCCGCCGAAAAAGAGAAGACGUUUUACCUCAAAUGCCCGCGAUUUCUCUCGUGUGUAUGUGAACUACGAGAACAGCUUAGGGGCUUCCGUCUACCGUGAGCAGUUCAAUUUCAACGCGGAGCCCCCUUGGGAUCCUAGCUGAUAGCUGGAGAGGUCGACCUCUGACCUGUUCCUUGGAUAUCACUAGGACCCAAGAGCUCUGAGGCUUCUCAUAAAUAGGUGACCUGCUUUAUGCCAGUCAGAACAUCAGAUUACGGAUGAGAAUGAAGGGAACUCUGGAUGAACCACGCUUUUCUGUUGAGCUGCUGGAAGGAAGCGCAGCUCUCCGAGGUUUGAUCGAUAAACACAUCCAUGAUCAAACUCUUGCACUGAAGAGUGCAUUUUUUGUGGCUGACCUGGGGGUGAUUGUGUGGCAGCAAGUUCGCUGGAGAACUAAAAUGGACCAGAUUCGGCCUUUUUACACGGUCAAGAGCAACAGCAGCCCCGUGGUUGUUGAAAUCCUGGCUGCUCUUGGAACUGGCUUUGUUUGUUCAAACAAGCAUGAGCUGGACUUAGUGAAGGGCUUUGGCGUCCCGUCUCAGGACAUCAUUCUCGGCGGCACGUGUAAACAGCUGUCUCAUAUCAAAUACGCAGCCAAACACAACAUCUCCCUCCUGGUUUGUGAUAAUGAGGCAGAGCUGCGGAAGAUUGCACGAUGUCAUCCCAAAACAAAGGUGUUGCUGCUGUUGACAUCGGAGAGCUGUUGCGAGCGUGAGGAGAAAGCCAUACCGUUCGGCUCCACGCUGAAGGACUGCAGACAUCUGCUGGAGAGUGCCAGAGAGCUCAGCCUGCACAUUACAGGAGUCAAAUUCAACAUUCCCAGUUGUUGUCAGGAUGCACAAGCAUUCUCUCGUGCUGUUUCUGACGCCCGCUGUGUCUUUGAUAUGGGGGAGGAGCUUGGCUUUGAGAUGAAUAUUCUGGACGUCGGAGGCGGCUUUGAUGGAAGUGAGGCGCAGUUAGACAAGGUUAACCAGAUGCUGAAACCCAUGCUGGACAUGUAUUUUCCUCUCUCGACCGGCUUGUCGCUCAUCGCUGAACCUGGAGUUUAUUUUGUGUCAUCUGCCUUCACGCUGGCCAUGAAUAUAAUCGCUAAGAAAACCGUGGCUCGUGAUUUCAGUGGUCAACCACACAGUGAAUUUGAGCAUCAUCUUCUGUCAUUAAAACCAUCACAGGCCAGUGCUUUAGUCAGUAGAUUGUUAAAGCUGAUCAUGUGCAAUGUGGUGUUUUGUCAGGAGGUGAGCGCAGAAGAGCCGCUGUUCUACAGCAGUCUGUGGGGUCCAUCUGCUGAUGAUCUGGAUCAGGUGGUGGAGCGAUGUCUGCUGCCGGAGCUCAGUGUUGGAGACUGGCUGCUUUUCAGCAACGCAGGGGCCAACGGUCUGGGGGCCACAUUCACUAACGGAGAGGAACACAAACCGCCCGUCUUCUACAGCAUCACUGAAUGCGACUGGCAACAGGUUCAUAACUGUGGCGUCACUUUGGAUGCGAGGAUGAAGAACCACUCUGUGGUACCAUGCGGCUUGCAACCAAACAUAUCCGAGGCAUCCGUUUCCACCCCGGCGUAACAUAAAGCCACUUAUUAAUGUCAUUAUCUCGACUGACUUUAAGCACUUAAGAACCUAGAAUCUUCUAAGAAGCUUCAGUUGCUUUGAAGAAGUUUGGCUGGGACCAGAGCUGAAGAAGUGUUGUUGACCAGAACAACUUCAUAGCCAUCACAACUGAUGGAUAAACAGCAAAUAGGUGCGAUUAGCUUUAACAAAUGAGCCAGUUGGCCUUUACAGAUACAUUUAAUUAUAUUUAAGUCCGUUUUAUAAAUGUAUACACACAUAAUAUUUCCACUUACUAAUGGAAUCAGUCAUGUACUAAGUUAUUUAUUAAACCUCGAGUCUAGUUUCAUGACAUCAUCAGAUGCUUUUAAAGAAACAUGCACUUGUUUUUUUGUUAUUCGUAUUACGAAUAUGAUGUUUAAACUGGAAAAUUGUGAUCUUCGUCCUAUUUGAACUGUUACAGGAAUAGUUCAGCAGAGCACUGUGGUAUGUUUUUGUUGACUAAAUACAAUGGAAACUUUGUAAACUGUUGAAAUCUUAUGCCCAAAACACACGUUAAAGGGUUGUUCAUCCAGAAAUGCAAAAUCUGCUGCAAAUGUAAUCAACCUCAGGCCAUCCAAGCUAUAAAUGAGUUUGUUUCUUCAUCAGAUUUGGAGAAAUGUA